AUGUGGGUUGAUAGAGCAGGGCCUCCAAUUUCCAAACCGAUCAGGACCGCCGUGCCGGGUAUCUCCAGAGCCUCGACGCAUGACAGCCAACCAGACCUCUUCGAAUCGGGAACGAUGGUGGUUGGUCAACACUCUGUUGACUUUCAUUCAUCCAGAAAUUGUUCAAAAUCUGCCGAGAGCCGACUUUUGGGCGCCAUACUGGAAGAUGGCGUUCCUCCGCUACUGACUACAUGA